UGUUCUUUUUUUCUUUCAAAAGAUGGACUAUAAUGAUCAGAGUGGUUCAGAGAUGUCCACACAAAAGGAGUCAGAUGGGUAUCCAGUACAGAUAGCAGAGGUUACAAGAGAAAAACUUGUACUAAAUGAAGAAGCCCUUGAAAUGGUCUUGACGCAACCACAGUUGGAAGAUUUGCCAGUGAUGGUUUUGUCAUGUGCUGGCAUAUUUCGCUCAGGAAGAUCAUUCUUACUCAAUUUGUUGAUCAGAUACCUCAACCAAGGUGUAAGUACUGUAUAGAACUAUUUACAAAAGUGGCACACAUUAGUGCCACGCAACAGUGCCACGAGACAGCGGCAUGCCACACGUGACUGCGACAGAAUAUCCUGUCGUAACGAGCAAUACAUGUACACAGCACAUGCAGUGGCGGCGCCAGGGGGUGCUUAAGCGCCCUCGUCGGUUUUGUCAAGCUCCCCUCAUCGACCACAGCACGUC